CUCACUGAACAUACCAUGUGUGAAGUCCAAUAAAAGACGAUAACUGACCAAUUAAACAGGGAGACGUGGAAUAAUUUUUGAUUUGUUGGAGAUAUGCGGCUUUUUGGGCAAAGUUAUUGACACUUAAUGCUGUUUUAUUUAUGUUCUGAUAUAUAUUUAUCAAUUCUAUAAAAUUUGACUUUAUCAAAAAUAACCGUGUGCAUAAAUAUUAAACAAUAUGAUCGGUAAAUCAUUGUUAAACCUUACUUGUUUAUUGCUACUGUGGUCCGUUGUAGAGGGAUUCACCUCAGAGGAGGUCAAAUGCCAUGUCUGUAAGGCUACAGUACAGGAGAUGGAGAAUGCUAUCGCCAAGGAAGACCCAAAUAAAACCGCCGAUGUUAGUGGCUUUCGAUUGGAUGCUCAUGGAAAUUCCAUAAGUAAAACAGUGAAGCUAAUUAAGUCGGAGAUGUACCUGACUGAGUUAAUGGAAAAGAUUUGUGAUAAAAUGGAAGAUUAUGUGAAAGCAACAUAUAAGAGCAAUGGCAAGUUCACUCUUCUUAAAAUGAUUGUCAAUGACAAGAUGAAUCCCGAAUCUUCCCUCGUUGAUUUUGUACAAGAUGGAGAUUUAAAUAAGAGCCUUGGUCACUAUUGUUUGGAAAUACUUGACGAUCAAGAAAUUGUCUUCUUAAAGGCCUUCCAAGCUCCAACACUUGCCGAUGAUUUAGACUCUCAAAUUUGCGGAGCCCAAGCGAAAUAUUGUUCCUUCAUGGCCAACGAUGUAGAAUACAACUUUGACGACAAAGAUGAAUUGUGAUAAUAAUGAAAAUGACUAGUAAAUAUUUUAUACUAUUUUUUA